GGCAACCUACAAACAACGCAAGCGGCGGGGUGCGCGCACGCUCGCACACAACGCGGAGGAGGAGAACUCGCCGCCGGCCGCAGGAGCUUGCAAGCUGCCGGUCCUACAUCCCACGCAACACUCGCAAGUCAGUAAGCCAGUCAGUCAGUCGAGCGCUCAGCCUGCGGUCCUUGUGGCAGCAGCGGAACACGCUGGCGUGUGACGGAACGGCCUGGCGGAGAAGACGACAUAGAGCAACGCUUCGGUUCACAGGAGUGCGCGUACAGACGGACGGCCGCGAACGCCGAAACGUCGCGGUGUACAACGAAGAGAAGGAAGACCUUCGCCUCUCCCUCUUUCACUGCACGCUACGCUAACUGCGUCCACGGCGACGUCGUCGUUGUGCUCGUCGCGUCGUCUGGGAGCUAAGACGCGCGUCGCUCCAGGUGGUCUGUCGUGGUGUUAGCGGGCGGCGGCCUCCGAAGGGCUGCCGGCGUCCUCAACGAACGUCGUCCGUCAACAGGCUGUGCUCUACCAGGACUUCCACAGGUGCCCAGUUACAUGAGUCUCGAUUUUGUAACCAGCAACAGACGUCGGGACAUCUUGCCAGUAAGGCCACAGCGAGCUUUAUCCGAAAACGCCUCGAAGUUCCAGUCGCCGAAGACUUCAACGACCGUGCUCGGAACCUCCGUCUUUGAUACCUGUAACAUCACUACGGCGUCAAGCUGACAGGAUUAUCGAGGGCUUCGGGUGUCGCGGGGUGGAUUAGCUUCGCGAAAGCCCGCGCGUGUGCUGUGUAAUGAAACAGGCUUGAAGUACGCCAACGCGAAAGGACUGUGUUUGAAAGCUCCGGUUUUGCCGUUCCCACAUCAACGGACCAUUGCGGUGCGCCUCACUGCCAGCUCCCGCCGUCAUCAUCGGGUUUCACAUCCAGCAAGCCGCACUUAACACAGCCUGUGACAAAGCCGAUAAGGAAGGACAAAAGUUAACCUUGACCUUCUUGCCUACUCUACGACCACGGCGAUGUGUGAGCGCCCGCAGCGCUGAAAUCUAGGCCUGCGUAAAAAUGAGCGCGACUGCAAUUAGUCCUUCUUCGCCCGCAUAGAAGUCGAGUCCCUGUAUCAAAGAAGGAACAAGAUAACUGCGGGCUUCUCAGUAAACUAACCGGUGGAUAAGAGCCCGCGCAGCUCUCCACAUUGGCUGUCUGGGUGCGAGGUCAGAGGGCCGCAGGUAAAUGUGAGUAGGAGAUGGUCAGUUCCGCCAGGUGGCGAAGAAGACCCAACUAGAGCGGGAAAUUGUGUGUGGAGUUUCCCUCUUCACAGAAAGAAGAGCUAACUUGGGCCAAGCUCGCACGUGCAGAAAAUAUUAUAGCGCCGAAAAAAAAUUAGAGCGUGGAAUUACAGUUGUAUAAACUUCCAAGCCAAACACGUCUACGGGAGUUCUCAAGCGGAUACAUCUACACGACCUCCUAUUGUACGUUUGCGAGCCUAGCGAAAGCGUGGUCGACGCGAAAACUGCGCAGACCUGGAAGCCAGACUUUGUCAUCAACGAACUUCGUGUUUCGGGUGGCAAGUAGUCUACAGGACGCGCUCAUACGCUGCUUUUCUGCCCACGACAUAACCAAAACUGGACAUAACCUAGACAAGGUCUUCAGCCACUUCGACAGCGAAGGAAAAUUCAAGGUCACCGAAUAUCCACGUUCGUUUCGUGCAGUGUAUUUUCACGAAAAGUGCGCAGCCCUUGGAAAACUGGAUCGUGCGCCAUCAUGGCCUCUGGUGCAGUCAUCGAGGAAACUGCCGGGCUCGCAUCUUGAGUGACAGGUGGUGUCUCCCCCCCAAACCAGACCUUCUUGUGACGACCGAAACCCCACCUGAGUGCAACGAAACGUUAGGCAUGGCUAUCCGCGGACACAGACACGCCGAGGUCUACGGACUACUCCUGCUGGUGGUUCUGGUUCCGGACCGGCGCUGCCGGCGUCGACGCGCGAGGGUGACCCGGCACCGACUACGCCCCUGAGCGCGAGCCCUGCCGAAUUUCGAGAAGCCCGGGGUCCGUGGAGCACGCUCCACUUCUACGCGCGGAAGCGCAAGGACGUUGCCCGAGCAUCGACACCGCAGGACGUAGUCAAGGUGAUCAAGCAGGUGAAGAAAAAGACCGAUGCCAACAGCACCGAUCGGACCUCUACUGCCCAGCAGUCGAGACACUGGACGAUGGAAGAACCAACGCCGUCUCCGGUCACAACAACCACGACUAUGGCACCUCCGACGACUAGGGACUACUCCGGUCUCUACAUCUCGCCUCCCAUCAUGGUUCUCGAUGGCAAUGGAGAAAGGGACAACACUCGCGUCGUCCACGACGUACUAGUUGUCAAGAACCGGCCAUCCCGACGUCCAUCAACCCUGCGACCUCCGGGAUCAUCAAACCUGGUCCAACCUUCCAUCAUCAGAAGACCUCCGCCUUUCUGGGCAGGCACCGCCGUCCCGUCGGGUUAUGGCGUCUCGCACGCCGUGCUCAUGAACAACCACCGGCCUCCUUCGGCGUCGUCGGCAUUCAAGAGACCUUUUCCGGGCGUCACCUCAAUACACAUCUACCCCCUGACUACAGCGCCGUCGACGACAACGUCGGUGUACCCGCCGCCGGGAACAAUCGCUUCGGUGCCACUCUCCGUGUACGACACGGUGGCGAACACGACCAUCGUUCACCAGAACAUCAUCACUCUGUCCAAGCCUACGUAUUCGUCCUCGUCUUCAUCGUACUCGCCGUCUCAGACAACCACGUCUUCACCGCCCUACAUGGAAGAGGAAGACUUGGGCACCACGACCGAGGCGAUGACGGAGUCUGCCGAGACAUCGCAGUCUUCGCCGUCUAAACCUUCGACAACCGAGCCACUGCCGGACUGGGCCAUUCAGCACCAGCACCAACACAGGCCCGUGGUUACGACGACGGCGCCUUCUUCGAGUCUUGUGGCGCCUAUCGGUUCCAUGCCUGGAAUCCUGGGUCCCAUCGGCAACCUCAUGCAGAAAUUUCCAACGGGAUCUCUGUCUAUGUUCCAGAACAUCGGACGCAUCAUGGCCGUGCUGCCGACGAUGUUGGCCGCGUUCCUCCUUACGGCGUUGCUCUUCGUGUAAAACAAAUAGGCAACCUCAGCCGUGAUUGCAAGGAAGCUUUAAAUGUGAGCUGACGAAAAGGAGGAGGACAGCUGGUGGCAGUGGAUCUGCGUAGUCCCAGAAAUUAGGCGCUGCCAUCGUAAACAGCUCAGUGACAGAAAACUAAGUGUACACCCCCAUUACCCCGUUGGAUGUUUCAUUCGUCAGACACUUGCGACGAUCCUCCACCGCUGAAGAGAAGCCCGAUGUUCGAUGUGACACAGUGAUAUGUAUCUCUGUGCUACUGGGUGGUCUAACGUUAUAAACUGAAGUUGUGUGCUUGCAGAUGAUCACCUUGUGCCUGGAAAGGAUUACCUCACGUCGUGCUACUGUUAGCCAAACGAGAAACGAGGAAAACUCUUGACAUAUCCCGGCUACCCUAAGUGGUAACUAGUGGAACGUGGAUUACCUUGAUGGCACCGUGGUUACUGCGCAAUCAGGCUCUGGGUCUACGGUGUCGUGCAAACGGUCAGCUAAUAGGCAACAUCAUUAUCGUACAGGCCUGGCUAUAAAGCCCGAUGCGUAGCUAAGUAUAUCGCAUAGAAUGUUAAAAAUACCGACCAAGUUGAUCUUGAUGAAGCCUGACUGACGGUACUGCAUUGAAGAGAGCUUACAGAACGAGAGCUUACAGAAUGCCACCGCCAAUGGCUAUAAAGGAUAAUCGACCAAACUGAUGGUUGUGUCUACAAGUACUAAGCUGUAUGAAGUUCCUUAACACGAAGCUCUGCUAGUUCGAGGUAUUCAUUGCUUAAUGGAAACAAUAUACUUAGCCCUCAAGGGAAGUAUUGGUCAGUGGGCCAGUUCGUACGGUACAAUUGAGUACGCUGCAGUGUCGUAGCCUUUUCCGGUCGACUGGGUGCUUAAGUGCGUUACAAGGUAUAGGGUGCGUUUCCCGCCGCAUUCCUCGGGAAUCUUCGGUUACCGAAAGUCUGGCUGGUACUUUCGAUCAUACCUCAAAUCACAAGUUUAUAUGCUGCCUCCCCCCUGCCCUUUCUUAAAGAACGAAAACUAUCUUCGGCCCCGUGUAGUUAAGUGCGACUGAUGCACAAUAACGACACCUUAACCCUCCAGAAAUGUUUCAAAAAUGUUUCUUGUUCUAACACAGGCCUCUGCACGCUGUCGUAACAAAAUCAUAAAAACAUGUCGCUGAUAUUUAUAAUCAACCUCAUUGUCAUCGUUGUCAAUACGAUAAGAAAAUUUAAAGCGCUGUGCCAGUUCGAUAUAUAUUUCAUGGCUUAGUAUUAUUUCUGCAGCUAGUUCGCAGUUAUUCAAUUUCCAC